CGUGAGUGUUUGUUUUAUUCUUGAUUAUUUUGGACAGAGAUUUGGAUGCAGUUCACAUCAAAUAUCUUACAAAUACAAAGUUUAACUUUAUAUUCAUGUUUCCUUGUUGUUUGCUGAGUUUGUGCUGGUGUCACGGAGUGUACUGAGGCAAUUAAACUUUGAAUGUUCUAAUGUGUUGCUGUGGUUAGCUGGUCAAUUACUUUCAGUAAAGGAUCAGUGGUGACACAGCUGUCACCACCCAUUUCAGGGUGCUGAAAAAAUGCUAAUUGUUUAUGGAUUAAUUGUCAGUAAUUUUUGAAACUGUUCACAAAAACUGGAGUAGGAUUUAUGUGCAUGUUGUGACUUUUAAUUAUUGUACUCAGUCAUCAAAUGACACUUUACACACAACAAGGCUUGAAAAAGAUGUAAUUAUCAUAAGACUGCAUAUCCUUCCUAACUAUGAAUAUACCAUAUACCAUAUACUUAUUAUUAUAGUUAGUGCAUAGUGACACAGUGAAAACCCUGUUGGUGUUCUAUUUUUGUUUGUACUGCACUGCUAUAUUCCAUAAUGACUCGUGGUGUCACUGUAGACCAAUGAUGGGAGACGUCUUCACUCCUGCCUUUGUUUUUCACCAUUGGCAUCAUUGUGUUCCUGUCUGUCUCUCGGUUAAGGACGCCAUAGAACGCCACGCUUGGAAGUAUACUGCUAAAUAAUUAUUCUCAAUAGAAUCACCAUGUUAAGAAAUGAGAGGAAGGCAUUACCAACUACGAGGAAUACAAUCAAUGGAAGAAUUGCUUUAAUUCUCCUCUGCGUUUGGCACUUCACCGCUCUUCAUUUUGCGCACGGAGACGUGAGUUACACCAUCGCCGAGGAGAUGAAACGCGGUUCCGUUAUAGGGAAUAUCGGCAAAGAUCUUGGUCUCCAGAUUUCUGACCUGGCCUCGCGUAAAGCCCGCAUUGACACGGACACGAAUGAUAAAAGGUACUGUGAUAUUAAUCUGGGUAGCGGGGAUUUAAUUGUUACUGACAGGAUCGACCGCGAGAGCCUUUGUGCCAAAAAGGCGGCCUGUCCUUUAAAGAUGGAACUCAUUCUGGAAAACCCUUUAGAGCUUCAACGUGUCACUGUUCAUGUGCAAGAUGUAAACGACAACGCUCCGGAAUUUAGUGACGACGUGAUUUCAUUUGAAAUAAGCGAAUCGGCAGUCAAAGGAGCAAAAUUCCUACUGGCCGAGGCCCGAGACGCGGACAUCGGUCAGAACGCAGUUCAAAGCUACAAAUUGCAGAAUAAUAAGCAUUUCAGCAUUAAUGUAAACACAGAGGUUAGUGGCAGGAAAUAUUCUGAGCUCGUUUUGGUGAGAGAAUUAGAUCGAGAGGAAGAGAGAGAAAUCAAAUUAGUUCUAACAGCUCUGGACGGCGGUGCGCCACAGAGAUCAGGCACAGCUGUAGUCCACGUCGCUGUGCUGGAUGCUAAUGAUAACGCCCCAGUGUUCAGUCAGGAGGUUUAUAAAGCCAGUCUGCCUGAAAACUCUCCUUUAGACACUCUGGUGGUUAGAGUCAGCGCAACAGAUGCAGACGAGGGACCGAAUGGAGAGGUUAUUUAUACUUUUGACCACAUGUCAGAUGAUCACGUGUCUCAUUUCACACUUGAUGAUAAAACAGGAGAGAUCAAAGUUAUUGGUCCUAUUGAUUAUGAAGCAGGAAAUUCGAUUGAACUGAGAGUGAGAGCAAAGGAUGGGCCAGGUCUCACCUCAUAUUGUUCAGUAAAUAUAGAAAUAACGGAUGUUAAUGAUAAUCCACCUGUUAUCAGUUUAAAGUCCCUGUCCAACCCGAUACCUGAGAACGCACCACCUGGUACAGAGGUGGGCAUCAUCAACGUGCAGGACAGAGACUCUGAGAAGAACCGACAGGUCCGCUGCUCCAUCCAGCAGAACCUUCCUUUUAAGUUGGUUCCUUCUAUUAAAAACUAUUAUUCUCUGGUGACCACAGGACAGCUGGACCGUGAACUAGUGUCUGAUUACAACAUUACAAUCAGUGCCACUGACGAGGGCUCUCCACCUCUGUCCUCCUCUAAAACUGUUCAGUUAUCUGUAGCUGACAUCAACGACAACCCACCUGUGUUUGAGGAGCAGUCCUACAGCGCUUAUGUGAGUGAAAAUAACAAACCUGGCUCCACUUUAUGUUCCGUUAGUGCUCGAGACCCGGACUGGAGACAAAACGGUACCGUGAUUUAUUCUCUGUUACCUGCUGAGGUGAACGGCGCAUCGGUGUCCUCCUAUCUAUCAGUUAACGGAGACACGGGGGUGAUCCACGCUGUCAGGUCGUUUGAUUAUGAACAGCUGAGGAGUUUUAAAGUCCACGUGAUGGCCAGAGACAACGGUUCUCCUCCUCUCAGCAGCAACGUGACCGUGAGUGUGUUCGUAUCAGAUGUGAAUGACAACUCUCCUCAGAUACUGUACCCCGCCCCGGAGGGCAGCUCCUUCAUGACCGAGCUGGUCCCCAAAGCUGCACACGGAGGCUCUCUGGUGUCCAAAGUGAUAGCGGUGGACGCGGACUCUGGACAGAACGCCUGGCUGUCCUAUCAGAUAGUCAGAUCCACUGAUCCGGGACUUUUCACUAUCGGUGUGCACAGCGGAGAGAUCAGGACGCAGCGGGACAUUUCUGAAUCUGACAGCAUGAAACAGAACCUGAUUGUAGCAGUGAAAGAUAACGGACAGCCCUCUCUGUCUGCCACCUGUGCCAUGUAUUUACUGAUUUCUGAUAACUUGGCUGAGGUGCCAGAGCUGAAAGAUAUUUCUUAUGAUGACAAGAACUCCAAACUGACCUCGUAUCUGAUCAUUGCGCUGGUGUGUGUGUCCACCUUCUUCCUGACCUUCAUCAUCAUCGUCCUGGGUGUGAGGUUUUGUCGCAGGAGAAAGCCCAGACUGUUGUUUGAUGGAGCAGUGGCCAUUCCCGGAGCUUAUCUCCCUCCUAAUUACGCAGAUGUUGAUGGAACAGGAACUUUACGCAGCUCCUACAACUAUGACGCCUACCUGACAACAGGAUCUAGAACCAGUGACUUUAAGUUUGUGUCAUCUUACAAUGACAACACGCUGCCUGCUGACCAGACUCUGAAGAAAAGUCCCUCUGAGUUUGCUGAUGUGUUUGGAGACUCUGAUUCUUCCCCAGAGGUAGGAAUUCAGCUUUUGCCAAACAUGCUAUUGAAGAAGCUGUGUGUGUUUCUCAACCCACCAAACACCAAACGUUGA